AUGACCGCUGAAAAUAGAGAAGAACAGGAAGUUUCGGAGCAAGAAGUCACUCAAUAUGACCGACAGAUCCGCCUUUGGGGCUUAGAUGGUCAGAAACGACUUCGAAACUCAAAAAUUUGCGUUAUUGGGCUGAGCUCUCUCGGCUCUGAAAUCGUCAAGAAUCUCACUCUUGCCGGUGUUGGCGAAAUGGUGCUGAUGGAUGAUCGAAAAGUGGACGAAAAGACUCUUCUCAUGACAAGGGACGGUGGAAACUUCUUCCGUGCAAAUUUUGGCACAGCUUUCGAAAACCGCGCUUCUGCCAGCCUCGAUCGAGUCCAAGAACUCAACCCAAACGUCAAAGUCUUCAUUGCUCCUGGAUUUACGUCCGAUAAAAACCUCGAUUUCUUCAAAAACUUUUCCUUGGUUGUUAUUGCCGUCAUUCUACCGAAAGAUGAGCUUUUGCGAAUUACAGGCAUCCUCAGGGAAGGAGGAAUUAAACACAUUGUUGGAGCUACUUUUGGAAUGUAUGGAUUUGGAUUCAAUGACUUUUUGGAGCACGAGUACUCGCUCACGAAAAAUGAAAAAACAGAGCUUCGAAAGAUCUCAUUCAAGCCUCUUUCGGAAGCCAUCAAUUAUUCUGAGAAUGAAGUCACCUUCCCAAAGCGAUACAAGAAAAACAAAGUCAGAGUUGCAUUAAACUUAUAUGAAGCGUAUAUAAGUGAGGAUUUCAAGGCAAAGUUCGCAGAGUUUGAGAGCUUGAAAGGAAUCGAAGACUGGGGUGAGGAAUUCGAAGGCGACAUUCCGCCGAUUGGCGCCAUUGUCGGCGGACUCAUGGGCCAAGAAGCCAUCAAAGCGAUCGGACAGAAAGAAAGACCCAUUUACAACACACUUCUCUUUGACGGAGACCGGAUGGACGCGAAAGAGCUGCUCCUACCCAGGGGUGAUCCUAAGGAAAUCUAG